UUAUUUUCCACUCUCUACAUUAGUCAAGUUUUGUGAUGGCUUCUUUAAAAAUUAAUACUAUAGUUUUUUUUAUUUUGCUUGUGAGCUUACUUAUUGUAAGUUCAUCAGCUCAACUUUCAACUAAUUUCUACUCAAAAUCAUGUCCUAAACUUUAUCAAACAGUGAAAUCAACAGUGCAAUCAGCUAUAACAAGGAUGGGUGCUUCGCUUCUUCGACUUUUCUUCCAUGAUUGCUUCGUCAAUGGAUGUGAUGGAUCACUGCUCCUUGAUGACACAUCAAGCUUCACAGGAGAGAAGAGGGCUGCUCCAAAUGUGAAUUCUGUUCGAGGAUUUGAAGUCAUUGACAACAUCAAAUCUGCUGUAGAGAAAGCAUGCCCUGGCGUCGUUUCUUGUGCUGAUAUUUUAGCCAUUACUGCUCGUGAUUCUGUUGUUAUUCUUGGAGGGCCUAAUUGGAAUGUAAAAUUAGGCAGAAGAGAUGCCAGAACAGCAAGUCAAGGUGCUGCCAACAACAGCAUUCCUGCUCCUACAUUUAACCUUAAUCGACUCAUCUCUAGUUUUAGUGCUGUUGGCCUUUCUACUAAGGACAUGGUUGCCUUAUCUGGUGCUCACACAAUUGGAAAAGCAAGAUGCACAACAUUUAGGGCACGUAUAUACAACGAGACCAACAACAUAGACUCAUCAUUUGCAAGAACAAGGCAAAAUAAUUGUCCAAGAAACUCAGGGUCAGGUGACAACAACUUAGCACCACUCGAUCUCCAAACACCUUCAAAAUUCGAUAAUAAUUAUUUCAAGAACUUAAAGAAUAAAAAGGGUCUUCUACAUUCCGAUCAGCAAUUAUUCAAUGGUGGAUCAACUGAUUCAAUCGUAACGUCCUACAACAAUAAUCCUAGUAGUUUCAGCUCUGAUUUUGUUACUGCUAUGAUCAAGAUGGGUGAUAUUCGUCCACUCACUGGAUCUAAUGGAGAAAUUAGGAAGAAUUGUCGAAGGAGAAAUUAAGUCUCGAUUAAUUCGUAUUAAGUGUGUGUGUGUGUUUUAAGUGUGGAAAAUGACUACUUUGAGACGUGUGAUUUUUAUUUUAUUUUACUCUAUAGUUUUUGUCAAAGGUUUCUUUCUUGAUAAUAUGCAGGAUCAAUAUGUAUGUUACCCUGUCAAAGUUUUAAAUUUAUUUCUAAAGCAUUGUAUUUGUAUCAGUAUUGGAAUAUUAUGAGAAACACCCUUUUUGUUA